AUGUCGCAUGUGCUAUUUCGAGGAGAAACGGCGACAUGUUUUUGCAGUCACUGUAUCCAGCGUAACCAAGAGAAAGGCAUCGACGCAGAUCGUGCCCGUCAAGGCUAUGGAAAACUGUAUUCCCUGAUCAAAGCAACUGAGCAGAAUAAAGCCCGGCCAAUCGAUGGUCUGCUGACGGAAGUGCUCAGAAUCCUGCAGCGGUUUCCAGAAGUUCUUAGCUGGGACUAUCAAUGGUUUCUCGCAGACGAGGAAAUCUGCACUCAGGUCCAUCACACGGCCAAGGCGAUCUCACCCAAUAUCGACUCAGGCCGGCACGUCGAUCACCAACGGUCGAGUUGGGACGUCUUCUACCGGGCUGCGAUUCCUUACAGCACCAUGGCGAAAAACGCGGACUUCAUCAAACCGAUUCUGUACCACGAGACUUUCGGUCCGAGACUUCGCUGGUGGGUGCUCGAACGGAUGAAAGACCGCGUCUUGAAUGAGCUGAGCUUGGAGCAAUCGCUAAGCCUCUUCUAUUCCACUUUUGGCCAUACGGCUAAAGAGAUGCCCCAGGUCGAAGAGCUUGACGCAAACGGCUUAGGCGCAACCUAUGUGUACAACGAGACCAAACGCUGUAAGUUGGGCGUGGGAAGCCAUGCUAAGGUGUACGCCGGGAUCGGCAUCGAUGUUCCCUGGUAUGUCCCCGGAGGAAUGGAGCCGCGCCCUAGUCGUCCGGACUCCGUUGAAGCGGCGGUCGUUCAGGCAUUUGAAGCCGGCGCCGACGGUGUGCUUGCUUCUCGAGAGUACAACGAAAUGUUCCUAAGCAUGAAGUGUUUGGCGACAAUCCUCUUGGCAGCGUUGGCGAUGGGGCUGACGGUUCCUCGUCCAACGAACGCGGCCAAGCCGGAAGAACGACUGCGGGUGAUUAUCGAAACGGAUGCCCCAGGUGGGGAUCCCGAUGAUGAAGGAUCGCUUGUGCGAUUCUUCCUUUACUUGAACGAAUGGGAUGUCGAGGGAAUUCUCUGUACCCGACGUGCUGACCAGUCUCGCACAGGAGAAAGCGGUAGGGAAUGCCUCGAGCGCUUCAUCGAAGCUUACCAGAAAGUGUGGCCCAGCCUCACCAAGCACGAUCGACGGUAUCCCUCUCCGAAGAAUGUUCGGGCGAUCACGCUCCCUUCCUACGAUGGCACCAAGGCACGCAACGCAAUCAUCGCGGCCGUCGAUCGAGAAGAUUCUCGCCGAAUCUGGUAUGUGAACUGGGGAACCAAUGAUGGCAACCUGACUGCCAUGCGGCAAGCGUUAGACUACGUCAAGAUGACGAGAAGCGAAGAAGCUUACCGGGCAUUCGCGGACCGCCUUUGCUUUUCCCGCGAUGCAGAUCGCGGCUAUCACGUCCGGGAGCACAUUCCGUACCUGCAUAA